AUGGAAGACCCUCAGCUUCGCCAUGCCAUCUCCCUCCACCCUCAUCCGUUCCAGUCCAGUUCGGCCAGAGGCUCGCCCGCGAGACAUGUAGUCGAACAAGUCGCGAGCGGAGCGAGUAACGAUCCCAGCCUGCCAGGACGAGUGACAACCAGCGAUGAGGAGGGAACCAUGCCUCCUCGAUACACUCCCAACAGUGAUCCUUUCCAGCUCGCUUCCAAGCUGAAGACCGCCGAGGAAAUAAAAAACAUGAAGGCCAAUACCUCCCGCAAGCGCGACAAGGUCACUCCGGCCUUCAUCGGAGAGCGGUUGAAGGUGACGAGCUCGGGGAAACUGCAGGAAUUCUACGAAACGCAGAAUGAGAACAUCGAGCGCUUCUUGACCCCGGUCGAAGAGCACGUGCGGGUAGCCAAGGAAUUCAACACACAGAACCAGCUCAAGUUCAAGAUCGCCGUUUGGGGCAGUUUUGCCGCCAAUGUCGUCCUCUCCGUUAUCCAGAUUUACGGCGCUGUCUCGUCCGGGUCUUUGUCCCUGUUCACCACCAUGGCCGACGCCAUUUUCGAUCCCAUGUCCAACCUGACGCUGCUACUGUCCAACAAAGCUGUUUCCCGCGUCGAUCCGCGCAAGUUCCCCGCUGGCAAGGCACGCCUUGAGACAGCAGGAAACAUUUGCUUUUGCUUUCUCAUGACUGCCGUGUCAUUCAUCAUCAUUGCCUUUUCAGUCAAGGAACUCGUCGACGGGAGCACCAGUGAAAAAAGCAACUUCCAUCUUCCUUCUGUCAUUGCUGUUGCCGUCGCCUUUGCUACCAAAUUCGCGCUCUUUUUGUACUGCUGGGCUCUGCGCAACCAGUUCUCGCAGGUGCGGAUUCUGUGGGAGGAUCACCGGAACGACCUGUUCAUCAACGGAUUUGGUAUUUUGACGUCAGUUGGUGGAAGUAAACUGCGGUGGUGGAUUGACCCGAUGGGAGCUAUACUCCUGUCAGUCUUGGUGUCGUUCCUAUGGCUGCGCACAGCCUAUUCCGAGUUCCAGUUGCUUGUUGGUGUCACUGCCGAUACUCAAAUGCAGCAGCUCAUCACUUAUAUCUCCAUGACCCACUCCCCCAUGAUCAAUGCCAUCGACACUGUUCGCGCUUAUACAUCUGGACCUCGUCUGCUGGUCGAAGUUGACGUUGUCAUGGACCCUGCCGCGUCUCUAAUGGCGACACACGAUGUUGCGGAAGAGCUGCAGAUCAAGCUCGAGUCUUUGCCCGAUGUUGAACGUGCCUAUGUGCAUGUCGAUUAUGAGACCACACACAAACCAGAGCAUUUCCUGAAGAAGGAACUGUAG